UUCUCCCCCCUGCCCUAGGAACUGUCCCGCCCGGGUUUCCCAGGCACUUACACCCCGUUACUGCCAUCCCCUUGGGGCAGCACAGAAUAUAAACGCUUUGAGUUUACUCUCUCAUACUAUUAAUUGUUGAGCCCCGACCCGAAAUUCUUCAUACACAGUCUAGGCCAACGCGGCCAUAAAAAGGCUGAUGGGACCAAAGAGAUGUAUCGGUUCCCCUGGGCUUGGGGUUAGUGAGUGCAGGUCCUUUUGGCUGAUUUCGGACAGACCCCCAGCGAGGUGCGUGAUUCCCAUCGGUAAUACCAGCCCUUUAGUACACUCAUUUUUUUCAUAUACCGGUAUGUUGUUUUUUUUUUUUUUCUUCUAGAUCAUUGUUUUUAUUUUUCCUUCUCUGUCUCAGUUUCUCUUUCCUUCCUGCAUUUCCCAAGUGCAAAGUGGAGAAAAGUAUUGAUCCAGCGAUGGAAAUAAAGCCGUGAAUUAUCCUGUGAAACCGCAAAUCCCCACUAGGUGCCGCUAUUGAACAACCUGCAGAUUUGGGCUCUCACGGUUUACGCUAUUCGCCUGAAUCCAUAUCACGGAUAAAGGGUUUUUUCCAAUGUCUUUAAUUAUUGCAGCUGCCUGUAUGGGGCCCAUUGUGUUACUAUCCACAGUAAGAACCCUCUGCUGCAAAUUGGAGUAUUGAGUGGGAGGAGCCUGCGCUGUCACAUGAUGCAGUGGAUGAGCCAUUUAGUGACUAUAUACUGUCACUCAUAUUAGUGGAAAUGUCAUUUGUCUCCAGUUUCUUGCAGAGCCCUAAUGUCAGAGAGUUGGAUUCUGAAGGGAAGUAUCGGAGCAGUUUAUGUAAGACGUUCACUUCAAUGGGAAGUUCUGUAUCCCAUUCAGAGAGCCCCAAAGCGCUACCGUACCUAGGGCCCCAUAAGCGUCAACAAAUCAAUGACCCCGCCCUUCGCUGGUUCGCCCCGCCCAUUUAAGGUCAUGUGACGGUAUAACUAACCCGCUUCUUCUUGAAAGCAUUUUCUUUACGAGCGCAGCCCAAAACCGAAUACCCGAUUGAUAAGUCGGAAACUUCACUAUUAUCUGAAGAAAGAGAUGCGGCUUCACCUAAAACGUACAAGUGCUAAUGUUAGGGGGCUGUGUGGAGGAAUAUGCCCUCCAACAACAUGGCGGAGCGGUUCGUGUCAGGGAGGAUAAGGGGAUACAUGAUUGGUCCUUUGAGUUCAGUGGCUGGAAUGAAUUAGCUUCCGAUGUGUCAUAGAGCAGCGACGCUGGAAGUUCUGCGGCAGAAAGAUGAAUCUGUAACUCGCUAUGUGUAUUCUGAUCAUGCACAGUAAUGAGAUGUGAGAGGCUGGGGAUUGUGUCCUGUAACUCCCUCCCCUGUGUCCCUGGCAUUCCCCUCCCCUGCACUCACAUCUCCAGCCUGGGCUACUGGUUGUGCCAGAGUAUGGCAUCCAUGAUGCUGGUGCCUGAUUAUCCUUCAAGAGACUGAUAGAUGAAGAACAUUUGUGAUUCCGGUUAUCCACCUCAGAAGGCAGGACAGUCCAUGUCAUGGAUCUCCGGCACUUCUGAUGUGGAUAAAUAUGUCCUCACAGCAAGAGAAGCACUAAUCUCUCCGGACAUGGAGCCACAUCUCUCUGGGUGUGACCCAAGAUUAGAAGUGAAAUUGGAGAAUGAGGAACCCAACUGUAAGGGUCGUCUGAACUCGGUAAAUUGUGAAAUGGGUUCCCCUUUUGUUAAUGGCUUUCCACUUUCCACUCAGUCGGGAACAAUACAGAUAAAGACAGAACCAGAAGAACCACACAUAGAACAUCGUUUGAACCAAGUGGAAAGCUCAGCAGGCCCACUUACUGAUGGGGAAUUUGUUCAGAAGGUAAAGAUGGAGAACACAGAGUCGACCUUUAAGGAACAUAUAGCAGAGAGGGAAAUGGAUUCGGUUUCUACAGUAGGUUUCCCAGUGAAUGAACCAGAAAUAAUACAGAUAAAGACAGAGAAAGAAGAACCAGAAGAUCAUCAGGACCCAAUGGAAAGUGCAGCAGUGCCACUUACUGAUGGGGGGCAAUUUAUUGCUUCCAGUCAGACCCCUGAGAGGGCUGUGGCAAGCAGAACCCAUGAGAGAGAUGCAGCCCAGCGCACAGAAGCACUUCCCGAUACAGGCAGUCUCCUGAGACAGAGCAUGAUGCUGCUGGGAGAGGAGUCCUUCCCACUACGGCCGCACUCUGACGAGCAGCAGUCGAGUCUCUGUGCCUUUGACUCCCCCGCAGUUGCCUGCCAGGACUGUGUGGAGCACAAGCGCUUGAUCAGGGAAUUACAGGAACAGCUGGAGUUUCUCAGGGGCACUGUCUCGGAAACCGUAAAAUCGGCUGUAUCGGAGGCAGUGACAGCUGCCACGGAGGCGCUGACCCAUUCCAUGCGGGACAUUGUGAAAGACGCGGUGGCUCAGGCCAUGACGAGUAACAUUAAAAAGGAAGCAAAGAGCCAAGAGCAAGUCGCUGAGCCGCUGCAAAAUGAAUGCACCCCCUUGUCUCCACCACCUAAACGCAGUGAUGGGGAUGAGAUGGUAACUGCCACGCCGGCUCCUGCUAAUGAUGUUGGCAAAGCCGGUAAGGGUUGGCUCUCAAGCACCCCAUUCCCUGGCACCAAGGGCAGCUCCCCAUCAACGUCAGGAGCCGGCAACUGGAAAAUAGGAGAGCAAUUGCCGGACGUUCCCCUGGCCCCUUUGUCAAAGAAAACCCUCACCCACCUGGCACGCCGCGCCAACAACGAAUCCCAUCGCUUUGCACAAAUGAUCUUCCAGCACCACGUCCCCUUCCCUCUGUACCAGCAGUGGGCUAAGAACGUAAACAUCGACGGCUCCCGGGGAAAGAAGGCCCUGCCCCGAAAUCUAAUGAGGGAUAUAAUGCUGCAGACAGAGGCUAAAUUCCGCCUCACCGACCAGGACCGUAAAAAAGUGAAGGACACCAUCAAUGCCCUGCUGAGGAUGCCCAGAGGCGCUAGCUGGAUCUCAGGGCCGGACCCUUGAAUUUGGCUCUACCCUUUCCAUGGAUUUUUUUAGUGUGUACUGUAUGUAAAUAGUGUUUGUGAAUGUAGCAAGUCUUGCUUUUUAUGCAGGGUGGGGAGAAAAACUUGAAAUGUCAACAAUGAAAGGAACCCAAACAAUAUGAAUAUAAACCCAAAGAUUAAACAGACAGUGUUUUUUUUUUUUUAAAUAAAUCUCUUAAU